AUGACUGAUUUGAGAGCGAUGUUCGCUCGUUUUAGUUUGUUCGAUGAUGGGGAUUUGUUAGCCGAGUUACAAGUUAAGCCAACUUGGAUUGAUAAAAUUCGGGAUAAGCAGUUAGGGGAUGAGUCUCUAGAUUUGUGGUUUUAUCAGAUUGAGAGUGGCAAUACUUUAGAUUUUGGGUUGAAUAAUGAUGAACAAGUUAAGACUGAGCACCAGUUUCCUUCGGGUUUGCUGCAACCCGUUAAGAUUCUUUUAUGGAAGUGGGAACAAGUAACGACGGACUUUACAGACUAUUCUCUACAAAAGUUAGCGAAGCUCUAUAUCUCUGAGAUUGUAAGAUUGCAGGGGGUUCCUAUUUCGAUGAUUUCUGAUAGAGAUCCUCGCUUCAUUUAUCGAUUAUGGAAAAAAUUACAUGAAGCUCUAGAUUUCAGAUUAAACUUCAGUACUGUGUUCCAUUCUCAAACCAAUGGUCAAUCUAAGAGGACUGAGUUGGGUGAGCGUCGGGUUUUGGGUCCUGAGUUGGUUUCUGAGACCGAAGAUAAAGUUAGACUGAUUCGGGAUCGUUUGAAGGCGGAUUCUGAUAAACAAAAGUCUUAUGCAGAUCUGAAGAGGAGAGAUAUUAAGUACUCUGUGGGGGACUUCGUUUUUCUUAAGGUUUCUCCGAGGAAGAAAGUUCUGAGAUUCAGUCGUAAGGGCAAGUUUGGCCCUACGUUUAUUGGGCUGUAUCGGAUUUUGAAGCGAGUGAGACCGGUCGCUUAUCAGUUUGAGCUACCUCUCGAGUUACACCGUUUCCAUGAUGUAUUUCAUGUCUCGAUGUUGAGACGGUACCGGUCUGAUUUAUCUCAUGUUGUUUCUGUUGAGGAGAUCGAUAUUAGACUUGAUUUGACUUUUGAGAAGGAGCCGGUUCAGAUUUUGGAUCGUGAUAUUAAGGUUCUGAGAAGGAAGUUAUACUGUUAG